GAGUUUGAAAGUACGUGGCGCCUUUAUUGUCUUUAUUAAUUAUAAUAUACUUGCGUGAUUAACAAUAAGCUAACGUUAUGCCAGAAUAUAAACCCGGAUCAACACCAUAGGUUAUAGGUUGAUGUGGAGAUUCUGCAUGUGAAGUCCGCUUUUACAGUUUCUUAAUUCGAAACAAGUUUGUUGAUGCUCUAGUACUUCAGAAGGUUUGAUUGUGCAUUUCCUAUGUCGACAUCCCAUCAAACACCUGUGGUUAGCAGCACCCCUCUCCCACUGCCUACCCACUUCUCUAAUGCUCAGCAUUCUAUUACUGUUAAGAAAAGAAAACCUCCCUUUUCUAACUUAUCAGAUUCCUCUCAGUCUCCUUCCCCACCAUUAUAUCAUAGUUUACCACCUCGGCCUCCAUCUAAAGGAUGCUCCCCAGUAAGUCGAGUGUUUCCUCAUCGCUCCAUUCAGUGGACACCUCUGUCACGCUCCCUUAUAGAAUCACCCCCUCCUCUCUCUGUGUAUGACCCAUCUCAACAACAGUCCUUUUUCAGCCAGUGCUUUACCAACCUGGGCCUGAUUGGACGUGGUUCCUUUGGUGAGGUUUUUAAGGUGGUGAGUCUUACAGACAAUUGUCAGUAUGCUGUGAAGCGUUCUGUUCAUCGUUUUCGUAGUGAGGUUGAACGAGCAAAAAGCAUCACAGAGGCUUGGAAUCAUGAGGAACUUCACCCACAUCCUUACAUUCUGGGUUUUAUUGCGGCUUGGGAGGAGGCCGGCCAUCUCUACAUACAGACUGAACUCUGCUGUACCAGUCUACUGCUAUAUGCCGAGGAAACACCAUGUCACACUGGUGAGAUGAGAGCUUGGGCAUACCUGUGCGACAUGCUGUCAGCACUAAUUCACUUACAUGACUGUGGGUUUGCUCAUCUGGACAUUAAACCCGCAAACUUUUUCAUUACAAAGUCUGGACGGCUCAAACUGGGAGACUUUGGCUUGUUGAUCAAGCUUCCUGCAAAUGCUCAAAAACAAGUAAACGAGGAAAAGAGAGAAAUGAAAAAAGAGAGAGAUGAUUUACAGGAAGGUGACCCAAGAUAUAUGGCCCCCGAGCUAUUGAGAGGAGACUAUGGGACUGCUGCAGACAUCUUUAGUUUGGGUAUUUCUAUCCUGGAGUUGGCCUGUAACAUUGAGGUUCCUAAAGAAGGAGAUGACUGGCAGCUGCUCCGAAACGGGCACUUACCAGAAGAAUUCACUAAUGUGCUUUCUGAAGAAAUGCUGUAUAUACUACGACUUAUGCUAACCCCAGAACCCUGCAACAGAGCCACUGCACAGCAGCUGCUCUCUUUGCCCUUUGUACGCAAACACAAGUGGAAACGGCAUCUUUAUCUUUGCAUCAUUGAGAGCUUCCUGACCUUAUUUCAGUGGAGUCAGUCCCUUUUUUAUGGUAGUUGGAAUUUUAUAUCCUCUCUCAGUCUGCUGUUUAAGACCCCUGUCUCUGAGUCGUCCUUAUCAACCAGUACUCCUCCAAGAGAGAGAUGGGAGAGAGAUGCAGACAUAAGCAACAUUCAGUCAUACUCGGAAAGCCCCAUUCAUCACUGUGUGUUCCCUCCAGAUGUUUCUGAACACUCACCAACCUACACGCACAGAGUCCAGUCAAGGCUAUCUUCUGGGAGUACUUCUACUCUACUUCCCGAAUCAGACAAUGAUGUCAUAGAUGCAUCAUCACACAACCAGUGCAUACCCUCUCCCCCCAGAAGCCAUUACAGCAGCAGCAGCAGCUUGAUUCAUAACAAACUCACAGACUCACUGUGUAUCCAUGAAAGAGACACUGAACUGUCUAAAAGAAACUUUGAGCCAAAGAACUUGCUAAGUCUUUUUGAAGAGACCACCCUAGAUGGUGAUCACUGAGGUUUCAUUGAAUGCAGUGCUUUUACACGUUAUAUGAUUUAUGUAUUUCAAAUUUGGUUGCUAUCUUAGUAGAAAACCGUUUUAAUUCAAUUGAGAUGUUUAAACCUGGUUUGAUUAUUGUUUUGUAAUUGUUGUUUUUGGUUGGUGUAAGUUUGCCAAUAUAUUCAAAGAUUUAAGAUAUAUAACAUUAAGAGAGAAUAUUUACUGUCUAUGUCAUUGUCAUUCCUCAGAGACCACAUUACAUUAAUGACAGUAACACAGAACUAAUGACAGUUCAAGUGAAAACUGCUGAAUGACUUUUGUAAUAAAAAAAAAAUGCACUAAGAUCUAACAUGACAAACUGCAAAAGCCUGUAAAAGAAAUAAAAGCUUGGAACGUUGUCUUUUAUUAAA